ACCAUGGCUCACAGACCCUGCUUCUCCUCCUGGUCACUGGUCUGCUGGUUGGUAGUAGCUGUGGCAGAAGGACAAGAAGAGGUUGUCAUUCCACCAGGAGGCUCACAACAUAUAAACCCUACAGACUGCCAGAUCUUCACACUCACCCCUCCACCUACCACGAGGAAUCCAACAACAAGGGUCCAGCCCAUUACUAGGACACCCAAAUAUCCCUUCAGUCGUAUUACACCAAGAAGGCCUAGAAUCUACCCUGGGUUUCAAAACAGACAUGUUCUCCCUCCAAGAUGCAACCACCGUUUCCACUUCCAGCCAUUUCCCUGGCCACACAGUCGUCUUAAUUCUCGUAGAUAUUUCCUUGGAAGAAAUCUCCCGAGUGAAAGUUCAUCUGAAGAAAGCAGAGAGAAAAGAGAAGCAAAAAUAUACUGA